AAAACACCUUUACAAGACGGGGACACGCCCUGGUGGCAAACAAUAUAUGGGGUUCUGGCGAAUGAUUUACAGUCCUGUAAACACUCAGGGACACAGUAUAUCACCGUGGACCGUUUCAGGCUGAUGAGCAGGCCGAGUACGGGAGGAUCGGGCAACCGUGUGACACCAGGCGAGGUUAGUCCUGAGCUCCCCCCGGUAGAGAUCGUGUACCCGUCCGCCGUCCCAGGGACCGCUUGGACCGCCAACAUGUCCGGGUCCUACACGCUAACGGGAGACCUGGCCGGGAUGGAGAACGGCGCCAUGGAGCUGCAGGAGGCGCCCGGUAAGCCGGCCGUGGUCGACAUCGACGAUCCGAAGCCACCAGGGCCGGAGAGGGAGGCUGACGGAGGGCUAAGGCGGUGGGAAAGUGCGGAAGCGCUGAACGUCUCUCUACACCAGGCUGCAAGAGAUGGAGAUGAAGAGGUCAUGAUGAAGAUACUGAGCCGCUUUUCCGGCAACGCCAAACGGAGGAAAAUCAACGAACUGGACGAGGAGAAGCUGUGUCCGCUACACUACGCAGCCAGGAACAACGACUACCAAAUGGUCAAACUGUUGGUGGAAAAUGGAGCAAAUGUGAAUCGUAAAGGAGAAGAUGACACCAGAGCGAUCCACUUUGCCGCUCGCUUCAGGAAAUUGAAAAGGGAGCAGUCAGAGGAGCAGAUCAAUGAAGCAGCGUUGACUCAGCAGAACAGUGUGAUCCAGUACCUGGUGUCGCAGGGCGUACACGUGAAUGAGAAGGACUACUACGGGCAGACGGCGCUCCACUUCGCCUGUAUCAGGGACAACGUGACCGCGGCACAAGACCUGCUGCGCUGUGAAGGAAUAAACGUGGAGGCCAAAGACAAACAGGAGAUGACGGCCCUCCAUCUCUGCGCCAUUCACGAGUCUAACGAGAUCGGCGCGUUGUUGAUCUCCGCCGGAGCGAACCUGCGUGCGUGUGAGGAGGAACUGCUCACACCCCUGCACUUCGCCUGCCAGUCGGGUAACCUGGAGCUGGCACAGAUGUUGUUCACUGCUGCAGAGAAGUUAGACGGAUGGGUGACCAUUUCUCAGAUGGUGACAGACCAGGACAAUGAUGAGAACACCUGUCUCCACAUGGCUGUGGACAAUGGACACCUGGAGCUGGUACAACUCUGUCUGGAGAAAGGUGCUGAUGUGAACAGACCGCGGACAAACUUUGCCACGCCGCUCCAUCUGGCCUGCGUGUCGGGAAACCUGGACAUCGUCAAGCUUCUCCUGGAGCACAACGCUCGCUCCAACGCCCUCAACAUCAGCCAGGAGGCACCGAUUCACAAGGCAGCCAGCUACAACCAUGCACACGUCGUCAAGUACCUGCUGGAGAAGGGAGCCCAGAUUGACAGGAGGGAGAAGGACAACUUCACUCCUCUCCUCCUGGCAGCUUCAGAGGGCCACGUGGAGACUAUCCAGAUGUUGUUGGACAACAACGCUAACAUCGCCGCUGUGGACAAGUACGACAAGACAGCCCUGUACUGGGCUGCACAGGAGGACAGGCUGGACGCUCUACAGGUCCUACUGGAACACCCCCUGGCCAUGUCCCUGUUGGAAGAGUCUGACCGCUACGACAACACCCCCCUGCACAUCUCAGCUGAGAAGGGGUACCUUGGAUGUGUUAAGGCCUUGCUGGACAAGGGUGCAUUCAUCGAUACCAAAAAUGAAGAAGAGCAGAUGGCGCUUCACCUUGCAGCUAAGAGUGGCAGGACUAAGGUGGUUCGAGAACUGGUCAAGAGAGACAAGACCAUUAUCAAUGGUGAGGACGAGAACUCUUGCACCCCGCUGCACCUGGCAUCCAUCGCAGGACAUACCAAAGUGGUGCAGGUGCUGCUGGAGGCAGGUGCUAACAUCGAGGCCAGGAACACCAACGGCUGGACCCCACUCGACUGUGCAGCAGCCGAGGGAUGGACCAAGACUGCCAUGGCCCUUCUUGACGACGACUCACCAGUCGACCCUACUGACAAGGCCAAGACGACCCCGCUGCACCUGGCGUCGUCCCGCGGCCAUGUGGAGAUGGUGGAACUCCUGCUGAAGUGGAACGCAAACCUCGCCCUGAAGAACGACGCUGGGCUCAACUGUCUGGACCUGGCCAUAGACAACGGCCAUAAGGACGUGGCAGCAGCUAUUGUCAACGAUGAGAACUGGGAGAUGGCAAUGCGGAACAAAACAACUGAUCACUCAGGGAUGGCGACCACGCCGAUGAGAAAACUCAUCAGGAAGAUGCCAUCUGUUGCUGAGCUUGUCUUCAACAAGUGUACCACAUCCAAUGGUCUCAAUCCUGAACACAGGAAGUAUGAGAUCACGUUUAACUAUGAGUUUCUGGACGACAUGUACGCGCCGUGGCUACAGGACAUGGACAGCGAGAAGAUGUCCAUCCUGAGCGGAGAGAGUAACGAGAUCUACGACAAGGAACACUUCCUGAAAGAGGACGUGCAGGCGUAUACCACCGACUCAAAUGUUCUGAAGAAGAACCACCCUCUACAGAUCAUGGUUAUAUCCAAACGAGAACACCUCCUGGCCCACCCUCUGUCCACCAGCCUCCUUCGCCACAAGUGGACCAAAUACGGCCGCUACAUCUACUACUUCUCCCUCAUCAUCUACCUCGUGUUUCUCACCUUCCUCACGGGGUACCUGGUCACCGUCCGCCCGCCGUACGUGGACACGGCCGACAACGCGACCCAAGCGUCGUGGGAGCGAUGGUCGACGAACAACUCCGCCGUGAUCCUAGUGUUCUCCGUUAUUGGGAAGUUCAUCAUACUGGGGCUGGCAGCCUUCCAUAUUGUUAAAGAGGUUGUGCAGAUGUUUGUACAGAGGAUGGAUUACCUGACAGUGGAGAACCUGCUGGAGUGGGCGCUGUACGUUCUGUCUGUUCUGUUUGUCAUCGACCUGAAGGCGGAGGACUGGCUCAGCUCCACACAGCCCAUGAAAGAGAACUGGCAGUGGGAGGUGGGAGCUGUAGCCAUCUUCCUGGCGUGGAUGGACCUCAUCCUCUUCAUCCGCAAGUUCCCGCGGUUUGGUAUCUACGUGGUGAUGUUCACGGACAUCCUCACCACCUUCCUGAAGUUCGCCGUGGUUCUCUUACUCUUCGUGGUGGCGUUUGGGCUGUGCUUCUAUGCACUGAUCUCCAAUCAGUUUUCAUUCCGAACCGUGGAAGUCUCCCUUGUGAAGAUUUUAGUCAUGAUGAUCGGAGAGUUUGACUUCGACUCAAUCUUCCACACCUUCGAAGACAAAGGAGAUGCAGCCGAGUACGCAGACCAACUGUUCUACGGUCCCGUCACCUACAUCAUCUUUGUGGUGUUUGUCAUCAUUGGUUCAAUCAUCAUCAUGAAUCUCUUGGUUGGUCUGGCUGUAGAUGACAUCAAAGGGGUACAGGAGGAGGCAGUGUUGGAAAGACUGGCCAUGCAGGUGGACUUAACCUUGGACGUGGAACAGAACCUUCCGGAGUUUAUCCGUAAGAGGUUUGUGAGAAAGUUGGAGACGAUGAAGCCUAACGCCAUCCACACCAGCGCCCUGAAGGCCUGGCUGUUCUCUGACAGUGCCACGUCUGCACAAGCCAUCGCAAAGGCACUCAACCCAGAGAAGACUGAGAUAGAGAAACUUCAGGAGCAGCAGGAGGAUCUGAUGGAGGUUGUGAACGAGCUGCGCUACCGCGUCAAGAACAUGAAGUACCAGAAUGACCGGCUAGAGGAGCUACUGGUCGCACUGGUGGACCAGGCAGGGCUCCAGGUGGACGAGGAAGACAAGGUGAAAUAA